CGUUCUACCAUUCCCGACGUGCGAACUGCCAUCUCUGUGUGUCUGCUUUCGUAACCCAGCGCACAACAUUAGCAGGUGAUUAGGACUAACCGGAACCGCACUGCCCGAAAUGCUCACUGGCGACGACCUUGACUUUGACACAAGCCACCACUUAUCGUUGAGUGACGUCGCCCACAUUUCCGGAGUCAUCGGAAGGUGCAGUGCCAUAGAACUGCUUGCCGAUGCCGCCAUAUUGCUCAAGGCCAUGCUCGUACACUGGAUAGCGAGCCACAAGAAAGCCUUUUCAGGAACAUGCGCGUUACGGUCUCGUCUACAGGUUAAGAUGCCAAACCUGCGAACCGGCUCUGGAGACGGUCACGCAGGCUUUACAGCUUGCACGUCAUCUCAUGGACAGUGGUCUCAAAGGAUGUGGACGGCGCUAGGGCCGUUCAAAGUGUCGGAGUCGUUGCGUCAGAAGCCGUGAUUGUGUAUUUAUGUUCUCACUUUGUAUGCAUGAGAUGUGUUCCAGUGUGGCCUCGUUUUACGUUCGCCGUAAAUGUCUGACGACUGUGCAUCCCCGCUGCAUCGAUCGUCGAGUAGUGACCGAUCGGUACAUUGUGCCGUGCGUGCUUUCGCAGCCAGGAGG